AGUUUUGCUGUAGGGACGAGGGUGCUGGAAACUCAUUUGCAUGCCGAACUGCUAUCUUAAUGUGGAUAUUUAUUUUAAUUUAAUUUCUUACCCGCACAUACCGCACGGGAGGCUUUUGUGGCAAAGUCACAUUAACCUCUGGCUAGUUAAUAUUCAGCUGGCGAAGUCCCCCAGCACUUGAUGAAUAUUCAUGAGGUGGGCGAGGCCGUCCCCUCACUCCUCCUCCAGCUCCAUGGCGCUCGCGCGGACAUGUUUAUUUCUGAAAGCGGCAGCGCACGCGGCCAUCAUCAUCAUCGUCAUCCUCAUCGUCCUGCAGCUCGGUCUGCGCGUGACAGUCGCUCAGCUCAGUAUGGCAAACAAGAGCGCUUUGCCCACCAAAGAGCGCUCUCUGAAGGGCAGGGAGGAGAAAAUGGUCGUGGCAGCAAAGCAUGCAGCAAAUGGGAACCCCACAGUGGAGCCUUUUCCUGAUGGCAUGGAGAUGAUCAUGUUUGGAAUGGGCUGUUUUUGGGGAGCAGAGAGGCGCUUCUGGAGGAUUCCUGGUGUGUUCUCUACUCAAGUGGGCUACUCUGGGGGCUUCACACCUAACCCUACCUACAAUGAAGUGUGUUCAGGUUUAACAGGGCACACGGAAGUAGUGCGAGUGGUCUUCUCUCCUAAAGACGUCAGCUUAGAGAAACUUCUCAAAGUCUUCUGGGAAAGCCAUAACCCCACUCAAGGAAUGGCACAGGGGAAUGAUCAUGGCACGCAGUAUCGUUCUGCCAUCUACACCUACAGCCCAGAACAGCAAGAGCUGGCCGUGAGAAGCAAGCAUGUGUACCAGGAGGUGCAGUAUCUCAAAACACACACACAAACUUUCCUUUGAAUUCUGUUGCUCUAGAAUGAAUUACGGAUAUUUUCAUAACCCAUAGUCCUAACCCAGCUCCAACAUUAUUUACUUUUAUUUCUAAAUAUUUUUUACUAUUCUCAUUCAUGGUUUAUGUCAUUUUUCUAUAUUAUGUGUUAGAGGGGACAUAAGUGAGAAAUAAGGAUACACUACCAUUCAAAUGUUUUGGGCCAGGAAAAGAAAUGAAUACUUUUAUUCAGCAAGGACGCAUUAAAUUGAUCAGAAGUUACAGUAUAGACAUUUAUAAUGUUUAAAUGCCAUUUUAAGACCAUAAUUUACAGCACUAAUGAUAUUGAGCACAAAAUCAGCAUAUUAGAAUGAUGUCUGAAGACUUGAAUAAUAACUCCCGAUAAUUCAGCUUUGCCAUCACAUGCAAUCACAUCUAAUAAAAUGAUCAUUUUAUAAAUCAUGUUUUACUGUUGUUACUGUAGUUUUAUUGUAUUUUUGGUCAAAUGAAUGCAGCCUUUGUGAACAAAGUUCUUUCAAAACACUUAAGAGACACCAACAUUUUGAACAGUAAUGCGCAAAUCAGUUUAGUUAAUCAAAUAUAAUCAGAGUUGAAAUCCACUGAUUUUCUUUUUGCCCCAUCACAUCUCCAGAAGCUGUCUCAUUUCCAUCCUCUCUUUUCCAUUCUUUGCUGCUCUCAAACUGUCCACUGUCAAACGCUGACCGCCCACACCUGUCAGAGAGACGCGCUUGUGGAUGCUCAUGAACGCAGCUCAUCUGGAUGGCUGGACUGUUAUCCCUGUCAAACUAGUUUGAUGAUGCUUUGGUUUGUGAGAUACAGGAGCUUGGGUUGCCGUUCUUGCGGUAACCCUUUGCUCCUCAUGUCAUCGGUCUUGCUUCUAGGGCUCAGAUGUGAUUUGGGGGUGAGGGGAAUGAGGCAUGGGCAGGGAGGUGGGGUGACCCCUAUUGGCCUUGGCAUUGUGCACAUCAGGGUGAAAGGUCAAGCUUGCAGGAGGCAGCUGUGGUUAAAGGGGCACAAUCAGAUCAGGGGACCGAAACGGACAUGCUGUUGAUGGCCCUAGUGACCCCAC